AUGAGAGAAUUAAUCUUAAUAAAGGUAAAACAAGUGUUUGGAUUGUUUGACUGUAGGACCAACAGGAAAAGAAAUCCCUCCUUAGAGGUGAUGAAGUCUCACCCAGACUUGGUCAUCCGCGUAAAAGAUGUGACUCUCGGCGAAGAAAAAAGAAAUAAUAUGAACUCGGAGAAGAGAAAGCUGGAGAAGACAAGAGUGACAGAGGCUGCCUGUGCUCUGUUAAACUCCGGAGGAGGAGUGAUUGAGAUACAAAUGGCCAACAAGAGUGAGCAUCCCGUGGAGAUGGGACUGGAUUUGGAACAGUCUUUGAGAGAGCUUAUCCAGUCUUCUGAUUGGCAGGCUUUCUUUGAGACCCAGCAACGAGGGAACCAUUUUUACAUUUUUGUUAAAUCUUGGAGCUGUGGCCCUGAAAACAGUUCUGCUAAAUCUCACAUUUGCAGCCAAAACUCUUCCUUGUACUGUAGAUCUGGAACAUCAGUGAUUCCCAUGAGUUCGACAGAUGCAUUUGUAUAUCUAAAAAGUAAGAAGAGUGUUGGAUGUGGCCUGACUGAUGGAAGAGCUCCACCUGUUAAAAUUCCCAGAGUUAUGCAUCAGAACAGCCUUGAAUCAGAUCCUGCUUUUGAAAUUUUCCAGAGGAAGAAACUCGAAUAUGGUCAAAUCUUGCUUUUUCCUGAAUCUAUACAAGUAGAGUUUAAACAAUUCGAUACAAAAAAAGCCCUAGAUUACAUUAAAAAUAUAAUUCCAGAGUAUGUCUCUGCAUUUGCAAACACCAGGGGAGGCUACCUUUUCAUUGGCGUGGAGGAUAAGAGUAGGAAGGUCCUGGGAUGCCCAAAAGACAAUGUUACCCGUGACUCUUUGGAAAGAGUGGCAAAUGAAGCAAUAUCUAAGUUGCCAGUUUUCCAUUUUUCGUCAUCUGAAGAAAAGGUGUCUUACAAGACCAGAGUCAUAGAUGUGUUUCACGAGGGGAAUUUGUGUGGUUAUCUCUGUGCAAUCAAAGUGGAGGCUUUCUGCUGUGCAGUGUUCUCAAAAGCUCCCAUUUCAUGGAUGGUAGACAAGGAGAAUGAUGUCAUCUACACACUGACUACUAAGGAAUGGGUAGGCAUGAUGAUGGCUGCUGAUCCAGGUAAGAGGGGAGAGUUCUUCCUGCUCUGUGCUUUCUGCCUCUUUUGA